AUGGCGGGCGGUGGAAAGGUUUCCUUCAAAGUCACACUGACCUCCGAUCCAAAGCUACCCUUCAAAGUGUUUAGCGUUCCUGAGGCUGCACCUUUUACUGCAGUUCUCAAAUUCGCCGCGGAAGAAUUCAAAGUCCCGCCUCAGACCAGCGCUAUCAUUACCAACGAUGGUGUUGGCAUAAAUCCCCAGCAGAGUGCAGGCAAUGUCUUCCUUAAGCAUGGAUCAGAAUUGCGCCUGAUUCCGCGAGAUAGGGUUGGUGCCUCUUAG